CCCUCAUCGACCAGUGAAGAAAAGACGCCAAACUACCUUAGAUCGUCUCUCAAGGCAACACCAUAAGAAUGUCAUUGCUGAAAUAGAAGAAAGUUUGGUCGAAGGUAGUACCUUGUAAAGUGAUUUGCCCAUGGAAGUCGAGGAGAGCAAAUCUGUGCCUGAAGAACAACAUAAAUGUGAUACUUCAGUCCAAGUUGAUAAUCAACCCGAAACUGUCAACUCAGCCACACAAMCUGUAGAGUUAUGUAGUGUUGCAACACAGACAGAUUAUAUAGACACUUGUGACCAAGAAACUUGUSACGAAGGACAACAACAUGAAUCUGUAAUUGAGAGUGAUAUUAUUGAUUACCCUGUUGAAUCUCCUGAACUGUUUACUAGUAGAGAAAAUGAUUCAGACUAUGAACCAUCUACCCAGGACACAACCCAGACAGAAAGCUCCCAAUGUUCAGAAAACAAAAGUCUAUUYGACAAAGAUCAACAUGUAAUUGUGCACCUAGAAUGCCUCAAGCCAUUAUUCAACUUUUGCUCCAAAUGUGGUGGGGUUAUUGAAAAAGAAAAUAUUGAAUUUAAACAAAAUGAAGGAACACUUCUUACAGUCAAAGUUACCUGCAUGAAUGGGUGUGACUUCAGUUGGAUGUCACAAAAAAAGCUUAAAAAUGCAAGAGGAAUGGGAAAUAUACUGCUUACAUCAGCCAUAACAUUAAGUGGUAUCAUGUUURAUAAGUGGCAGCAAUUGGCAGACAUUCUAAAAUUAAAAUCUAUAAGCCAUGAUACAUUUUAUGCAUUGAGAAAUUAUUUAUUUCCAUCAAUUGAUGAUGAAUGGAAGAUGGAGCAAGAGGCACUAAUUCAAUCUAUCAAUGAAAGAGAUGAGAGUGUGAUGCUAGCUGGGGAUGGGCGCUGUGACUCUCCAGGUCACAGUGCAAAGUAUGGAACAUACACAAUGCUUGAUACUGAGAGUGAUAAGGUUGUAGACUUUGAAGUCGUGAAAGURAUGGAUGUGAAAAACUCCAAUGCGAUGGAAAAGGAAGGCUUCAUCCGAACUCUUACAAGGAUUGAGAAGGAGUUUGGCUGUGAAGUGUAUGGAGUUUCCACUGAUCGGCAUGUGCAGAUUAAAAAGUACAUGCGAGAACACCAUAAAGAUAAAGUGCAUCAAAUUGAUCCAUGGCAUUUAAUAAAAGGCAUCAACAAGAAAAUAAAUAAAGCAGCUAAAAAGAAAAACUGUGAUGAACUUGCUGAUUGGACACCAUCUAUCACCAAUCAUUUUUGGUGGGCAGUGGAUACUUGUGAUGAAGAUGAAAUUAUCUUGACAGAAAAGUUUACUUCAGUCGUCAAUCAUAUAAUCAACAAACACAAGUGGAUUGGUUGUAAGAAGUACAAGAAAUGUGAGCAUGAUAAUAUCCCAAGAAGUGUGGCAAGGAAGAAGAAAUGGCUGAAAGCAGAUUCACCAGCACACCAGGCAUUAACUAAAAUCAUCAAGAAUCAGAGAAUCUUAAAUGAUUUG